AAUACUCUUGUCUUGACAGCCUCUCAUUAUAGUCAAUUGUUUCUUUGACACUAGUGCGGUUAAAUUGGUCAAAAACUGCAAUCCAUCUUAGAAUGUUUUGUAGUGCUUAACUGCACCAUAUUAUGCUUUUGUUUAGUGCUUAAUUAAUUCAUUUUUCAUUUUAGUGUUGUUUAUGUAAUCAGUUAUUGAUGAUUCAUGAUGGAAAUCUUCACGUUCCUUUUAACUUGCGAAGAAAAUCAAUUCUCCCCUUAAUAUUUUAGCCAUGGCUUAAGAAAUCUAAACAAAAGUAAUUAUUCUCUCAAACUAUACGUAUUUUUGAAAUUGCGGUUAAUCUAAAAUAUUUUGUUUAGAUUUCUUCAAAAACUACAUAUUUAAGAAAUCUAAACAAAAGUAAUUAAUCUCUCAAAAAUAUGGUUGGGGCUGCUGAUUUGAUGCAAGAAAUUGCGGUCAGCGUGAACUUGUCAUGUUUUUAUGGCUUAUGUAUAUCUUUGAUUUUUGGAUUUAAUUUUUCAGUAGAAAAUAUUGUUUGGCUUACUUAUGUAAUGGGUGAGCUUAACAGGUGGAAACUUUUGGUGCCAUGGCAAAAUCUAAGAAAAUCGUUUUCAUUCUCAAAAAAGUAUGAGCUACAUUUCUUUAUUUCAUACAUGAUAUAUAUAGUAGGCUAUCAAUUAAUUGAAUUCCCACUUUCUAUUUCACUGUAGUGUUUCUUACGAUAAUCUGUAUAUAUAGCCUUUUAUUAGUAUGGUGCACUUGACUGUUUCAAAAGGAUUUCCAUUUUAGAUAUGGUUAGAAACUUAAUAGUCAUGUUUUGAUACAAUAAUUUGACAUGAGUUACAUUAUAUACUCUGUAAUAUCCAGAGAGAAAAUAUAUAUAUUCUAGAGAACAAACCAUGCAUUUAUCUUGAAGGAUCUAGUAGGUAAACCAUAAGCAUAUAAUGGAGUAUGAUGCUUAGUUUUGUCAUUUGCUGCUACCAAGGCUGUUAAUCAUGAUGUUCCAAUCACUCAGGAUAAGGUAUGAUGCUUAGUUUUGUCGUGUUCUGCUUGUUACUGCGCCAUCGGCCAUGGUAGUGGCGUCCUGGAUAUCAGUGAUUGUUUUAUGGCUCUCUGCCAUGGCCAAGUUUGUGAACGAUAGCAGCGCCGUUUGUCAGAUAUAUCAGUGUCGGAUAUUACAAAGCUAUUCAGCGUUGAAAAGGCUUGGACCAUUGACAAGAUUUUGUCUAAAGUAUUAUUUACGGCAUUCUCAAGUCUGUGCAUACACAAGGAAGACUUUAAGAUUUUGAUUCCUAGGGAUUUAUUUGCGGAUUUUGGUUCCUGGAGAUUUAUCUGCAGAUUUUAUUUCUUGGAGAUUUAUCUGCGGAUUUUGGUUCCUGGAGAUUUACCUACGGAUUUACUAUUACCCACGAAAGCUUUAGCUGGGGACAAGAAUCGGCAGAAAAACCGUAGAAAACGGAUUUCCUAUGAAUUUUUAGCUUAAAUCCGCAGGAAAAAAGACAAUUUCUAGUAGUGUUAUAAUCAAUAAAAUUAAUUUUUUUUAUUUCAUGAACUAACGCGAUCAAUUAAAAAUUGUCUAAAGAAUACUUAUUAUGUUUUUAUGGUACAAAAAUAAAUAAGAGAAUGUGUGUUAUCAAACAACAAAAAAACAAAAGAAGAGGGAAAGUAUGAUAACUUAGCCAUCAAAUUGAUGUUUUUCUUUCUGGUGAUAAAUCAUAGGUUUAUAUUAUAAUUAACAAAUAAUCACACAAAUAUAUAAAAGAAAAAGAACAUCAUCAUCAGUUAAGGCGGCAUUUUAAAAUAAGCAUUGGAUAAUUAAAUAUUAAGGAUAAUAGGUUAUUUGUCGCUGUCUUCCCGUGGAUGUUUCACCUAACAAGGUUCUCAUCAAAAUGCUUUCAAUUGCUUCCUUGCAUGAAAAGUUACAUUCAAAAUUUUAUAUAUGUGGUGACAACUAGUGUGGUAUAAACGCAACUUAUUCGAAGUAGAAAGUCAAAAAUAAUGAAAGCUUUAAAAUAUAAGUUUAAGAUAAGAUACUGAAAAAGACAAAUUUGCAUUCUCAUAUAAAUUUAUAAAGGUGGACUACUUUUGUUAAGAAAAAAGCAUGCAAUAACUAAUCUAUUGCUUGUUGAAGGGUUCUUGUGGAAGCAGAUUAGUUGCUGUUGUAAAAGUAGAAUGCAUUAAAAUAAUUAAAAUUCAAAACCAUAUCCGUUAACAAAUCAUUGGACUUGAUAAAGUUAUACUUGCUUAUGAAAAGAAACUCUAAGGAAAGAGACAAGGAAUUUAUCAUUAUCCUUUAUUUGAAACUUCACAACCAAUGACCUAUUUGUGUUAACAAUUGAUUUUUUUUAGAGAGAAGUUAUAUGAUACAAUUUUUUUUAUUACAAAGUGGGUCAGAGGGGAAAAAAAAAACUAAACAAACACCAGCUUAAAAAAAAGGGUUAAAUGCAAUUUCCCCUGCCAUUAGGGCGUGUUUCAGAAUUGUCCCUCUGAAUGUUUUUUUUAAAGAUCACACCCUUAUAAAAAUGAAAACCCAGUUUCACCACACCCUUUUACUACCAGUGCUGACUGGGCAUUUGACCAUUGGAUGACGUGGCAAAGAACCAAUUUUUUUUUAAAAAAAAUUCGUGAACCUUUAUGUUUACCCCCCGUGAAAUAGAAAUUCUAGGGUUCAUUUUCUAUGUUGGAGAAGACGACUCAGAAGCAGAAGGAAGUGGAGGAAGACGAAUCAAUGGACGGCAAGGGCGAAUGUUCAGAGGUUAGUUCCAUUAAUCGAUGUCUGUAAGUUGCUUGUAUCAUGGUUUGCAAACUUUUUUCUUACGUUACGUUUUACAUUUCAGCCCAAUGUACUUUUUAAUACUGUGUUUCGACAUGGAGGAGAGUUUAUUGAUAAUAAUGGUGAAACGAUUUAUAGGGAUGAUGUUUCUACUCUGAUUUCUGGGGAACAUAUAGAGGAGUGGACAAUGUCACAUGUUCUUAACUUAGUAACUGGGUGGGGGUACUUAGAAGGUUCUUUUAGGCUGUGGACCAAGAUAGUUGACAUAGACCCUAAUUACUUUCAGAUUAGAAAUGACGGGGAUGCCUAUGAUUUUGCUGCAUAUGCUUAUGCGAUGCAAGUGGAUGGGGAAAUUUUUGUGGAACAUGAUCCAAGUGUAGUUGGUGUCACCCCCAAGUUUGUGUCUGAUUUAGAGGUUAGUGAUGAAGAGGUUGUUGAAGGUUUUAAUGAUAGUGAGGAUGAAAGGGCAACUGCUAUUGUUGAUGGGUUUGAUGAUCUUGAUGGUAUUGAUGUAACUGUACCAAUUAGGGAGGGUCCAGUCAUUGCAGGCUUGUUACCAUGUCUAAAGAAGAAGAAAUAUGAUGAUGAGGAGGAGGAGGAAUACCUUAGUGAAAAGCUUAAUAGUUCUGACCCUGAUAACUCAGAAGAUGACAAAAAGCCUAAGUUUGAAAAGUUCAAGAAAGAACAACUUACAAAGGAUUUUAAGUUUAAGUGGGGUAUGGAGUUCACUUCCCUAGAUGACUUUAGGGAGGCUAUACGUGAGUGGACAGUUUUAAAUGGUAGGGAAAUAACAUUUGUAAAAAAUGAGGGGUAUAGGGUGAGAGUUGAAUGUAAAGCCAAGUGUGGUUUUUUAAUGCUUUGUUCCAAAGUGGGCCACAAGCACACUUAUGCAAUAAAGACUAUAAAGGACACCCACACAUGUGCUAGGGUUUUGGAUAACAAAACUACAAAUUCAAAGUGGGUGGCCAAGGCAGUUGUAAAGAAAAUGAAGGCCUGUGACAACUUGAGGAUCAGUGAUAUUAUUCAAGAUAUGACGCAGAAUUAUGGAGUGGGGAUCACUGUUGGCAGGGCAUGGAAAACAAAAAUGAUAGCAAGACAAAUGAUAGAAGGGGAUGCAGACAAGCAAUAUUCAAAUUUGUGGAGGUAUGCAGCUGAAUUGCAUAGGGUGAGUGCUGGAAACACUAUAAAGAUCAACAUUGAGAGACCAUCACCUUCCAUCCAACCAAGGUUUGGUUCUUUCUAUUUCUGUUUUGAGGGAUGUAAACAAGGGUUCAUACAUGGUUGUAGACCUUUUAUUGGGGUGGAUGGCUGUCAUUUGAAGACUAAGUAUGGAGGUUAGUUGUUGAUAGCAGUGGGAAGGGACCCCAAUGAUCAAUAUUUUCCAUUGGCCUUUGGGGUUGUUGAAACAGAAAGAAAAGAAUCGUGGAAGUGGUUUAUACAGCUAUUGAUGGAAGAUAUUGGAAUAGAGAAGAGAUAUGUAUUUAUCUCAGACCAGCAAAAGUUAUUGCCUCCAACAUUUGAUUAUAUACUUUUAGUUUUGUUUUUAAACUAAAUAUGUGAUACAGUGUUAUUUAUCAUUGUUGUAGGGUUUGGUGGCUGUAUUUGAGGAAAUGUUUGAGAGAAUUGAGCACAAACUUUGCUUGAGGCAUUUGUAUGCAAAUUUCAAGAAAAAGUUUGGUGGAGGAGCACUUAUAAGAGACCUAAUGAUGGGAGCAGCCAAGGCCACAUACCAUCAAGCAUUCUUGCAGAAGAUGACUGCAUUAAAGGCCGUAGAUCCACAAGUUUGGGAAUGGCUAAUGGGAGUGCAUACCAAAUCUUGGUGUAAGCAUGCUUUCAGCUAUUAUCCUAGGUGUGAUGUUUUAAUGAAUAAUAUCUCUGAAUCCUUUAAUGCAACAAUCUUAUGUGCUAGGGAUAAACCAAUAUUGACAAUGUGUGAGUGGAUUAGGAAAUAUCUAAUGAAUAGGUGUAGCCAAUCUACUUUGAAACUUGAUAAAUGGCCACACAAAAUCAUGCCAAUCCCUAGGAGGAGACUAGAUGCUGAGGUAGCUAUGAGUGGUCAGUGGUUACCAACAUGGGCAAUGGGGGAAAAAUUUCAAGUCACACAUGCUUAUAACAGCCAAGAAUUUAUAGUUGACAUAGCUAAAAGGUCAUGCUCAUGUAAUUUUUGGCAGCUAGUUGGUAUACCCUGUAGGCAUGUUGUUGCUGCCUUAGGAUUUAGACAGCAAAAUCCAGAGUUGUUUGUUCAUGAAUGUUAUAGUAGGGAGAAAUAUGCUUUGUGCUAUGGUUUUCCUAUUAGUCCUAUAAAUGGACAGGACAUGUGGCCUAUUGUUGAAAGUGAAGAUCUCUUGCCUCCUGACUAUAAAAAGGGUCCUGGUAGACCAAGGAAAUUGAGGAUUAGGGAAACUGGAGAGGAAGGUGCUAGGAGGAGGCUACCUGGUGUGUCUUACAGGUGCACUAGAUGUGACAAGAUUGGGCAUAAUAUUAAGUCAUGCAAGAGCAAGGUGCAAGAUCCAAGUGCCUUGAAAAGAAAGAAAAAAGGACAAUUGAGGACUGCUACUAAUGCAAGUGUAGACACUCCAAGUGCUAGUGCAGUCAACACAAAUGAGGUCAAUGAGGUCAAUGCAGCCAAUCCAACUAAGGUCAAUGCAGCCAAUCCAACUGAGGUCAAUGCAGCCAAUCCAACUGAGGUCAAUGCAGCCAAUCCAACUGAGGUCAGAACAUGUGAAGGCAAUGCAAGUGAGGGCAGUGCAGGUGUGGGCAAUCCAAGUGAAGGCAAUGCAGGAGUAGUCAAUCCAAGUGAAGGAAGACCAAGAGUAGUCAAAAUCAGUCAAGUCAAAGCAACUCCAGCUGAAGUCAGUGGCAAAAACAAAGGAAAGGCUCAAGUCAAACCAACUCCAGCUGAAGUCAGUGCCAAAAACAAGGGAAAAGCUCAAGUGAAACCAAUGAGAAAGAGGGUCAGUGAGAGAAUUAAGGAAAAUUGGUUUAAAAAACCAAAACCUUUCACAGGCCCUGGGUCUGCACCAGAACAGCCAUUUUUUAUAACAGAAGAAGAAGAUAGCAAUGAGUCACAAAGGAAGAUGAAGACUACUCCUAAGAAGAAUUUGAAGAAGACCCCAAAAAAGAAGUCUAUCAAUGACUUGUAGUUUACUAUGUUUAUUUACUAUGUCUGUUGCACAUUUUGGUGCCUUUUGUAAUGAACUAAUUAUGCACUAUGUCUGUUUACAUAUGUGCUUUUUGUAUUGACUGAAUUGCACAUUUGUGCAUUAGGUGGUUUUCUGGAUUAUGCACAUUUGGUGCUUUUCAUGUAAACAGAAUUAUGCACAUUUGGUGCUU